GGAGCAGGAGCAGGAGGCGGAGGGGGGCGAGGGGCGGAGGGGGCGGGCGCCUGGUUGCCGCUGACGCCGCUGCUCCUGCUGCGAAGCGCCUUGACGCAUUCCGGCCGGGGCUUGCUGCAACACCCGGCCCGCCGCCGCAGUAUCCACCACUUGCCUCCCCUCCCUGGAAGUGAGCUUUAUUCUUUUCCAUAAAUAACAGAAAUUAAAGAGGAGCCCGGGGGGGGCUGGUCCCAAGGAAGUCAGAAGCUCCUGGAUAUCGCUGACUCGGCAUUUCAAGCCGGUGCGCCCAUCCCAGCUGUCUGCAUUUAUUUAUUUAUUUGCUGGGGAGGGAAAAAAAAAAGUGUGUGGCUACAACAGCAGAAGCCUGCCGAAACGCCGCCCUUGCAGCAGCGAUGGCUGCAUUCUGGAGGAAAGCAGCGGGACCGCAUUAAAAAGGCACCGGGAAGGAGCUGAGAAGGAUUCUGGUCUUCUUGCUUUGCAGGUGUUCUCAGAGAACUCAGCGGCCCCGUUGGGUACUACUGGAGCUUUUCUCUUCAUCCUCCCUUCCCUUCCAAAUGACUUCUGCCCCUUUCUCCAGCCUGGAACCCUCUCACCCCAUUCUCAUUCCUAUAUCCUUGAAGUUCCCAGCUCUGGUAACCCACUUUCCAUCCUGUUCUUGAAGCUGUCCGUUCCAGGACCCCAUAUUCUCCUCUGCAUGUACUCUGUCGUUCUGUCUCCAGACCCUGUCUCCCUCCCCUCCGAGGUUCUCCAUUCUCUCUCCUCUGGUUCUCGGAACUCUUCUCCUUCCGCAUCACAUCCCAUUUUCUAGUCUUUCCGUCUGUCCCGUCCCUUUGCCGCCAUGACUGUGAUGGUUGGGGAAAAUAUGGACGAGACGUCAGCUUUGCCGGGCCACCCGCAGGAUAGCUAUCGGCCUGGUGCUCACGACGACCAUGAAUGUUGUGAGAGGGUCGUCAUCAACAUCGCCGGCCUGAGGUUUGAGACACAACUGAAAACCCUCGCCCAGUUCCCCAACACUUUGCUAGGCAACCCCAAGAAACGCAUGCGAUACUUUGACCCGCUGAGGAAUGAAUACUUUUUCGAUCGGAACCGGCCCAGCUUCGAUGCCAUCCUCUACUACUACCAGUCCGGAGGGCGGCUUCGUAGGCCUGUCAACGUGCCCUUGGACAUGUUCUCUGAGGAGAUCAAGUUCUACGAGCUGGGAGAGGAAGCCAUGGAAAAGUUCCGGGAAGAUGAAGGGUUCAUCAAAGAAGAAGAGAGGCCCCUACCUGAGUCGGAAUACAAGCGCCAGAUAUGGCUCCUCUUUGAGUACCCCGAGAGCUCCGGGGCAGCCCGGAUCAUUGCCAUAGUUUCUGUCAUGGUGAUUUUAAUCUCCAUAGUCAUCUUUUGCCUGGAAACUUUGCCAGCAUUGAAAGCACAGGGCAGGGAGCCUAUGGAACCCCUAAACCGCAGCAACAACUCUACUAUGCCUCCGAAGUUUAACAUCUUCACCGAUCCCUUCUUCGUUAUAGAGACCCUCUGCAUCAUUUGGUUUUCCUUUGAGUUGGUGGUGCGUUUUUUUGCAUGCCCCAGCAAAGCCGAGUUCUUCAAGAACAUCAUGAACUUCAUUGACAUAGUUGCUAUCAUCCCUUACUUCAUCACUCUGGGUACAGAGAUGGCUGAGCAGCAGGGGCCCCAAAAGGGGGAGCAAGCUACCUCUUUGGCCAUCCUGAGAGUCAUCAGACUGGUAAGAGUCUUUAGAAUCUUCAAACUCUCCAGACACUCCAAGGGCCUACAGAUUUUGGGACAGACCCUCAAGGCGAGCAUGAGGGAGUUAGGGCUGCUUAUCUUUUUCCUCUUCAUUGGGGUGAUUUUAUUCUCUAGCGCGGUGUACUUUGCCGAAGCGGAAGAACCUGAGACUUAUUUCAGCAGCAUCCCCGAUGCUUUCUGGUGGGCAGUGGUAUCCAUGACCACUGUGGGAUAUGGUGACAUGUACCCUGUGACAAUUGGAGGCAAGAUAGUUGGCUCUUUGUGUGCCAUUGCUGGUGUGCUGACAAUUGCCCUGCCUGUACCUGUCAUUGUGUCCAACUUCAACUACUUCUACCACCGAGAAACAGAGGGGGAAGAACAGGCUCAGUUACUUAAAGUUAGCUCUCCAAAUUUAGCAUCUGACAGUGACCUGAGUCGCCGUAGCUCCUCCACGAUCAGCAAAUCUGAGUACAUGGAAAUUGAAGAGGAUAUGAAUAAUAGCAUAGACAAUUUUAGAGAGGCUAACCUCAGAACUGGCAACUACACCAUAACCAACCAAAACUGUGUUAAUAAAAGCAAGCUGCUCACAGAUGUUUAAAUAUAUAUAUAUAUAUUUAUAUAUAUGAAGGUAUAUAUAUAUAUAUAUUAUAUAGAGAGAGGAGAAACACCGGCAGCUUGAAGACUUUAAGUGAUCUGCGGUCACUCUUUGUAGAUGCUUUAUGAAUAGUCUUUGAAUGCUUUACCUCGUAGAUGCAUUGUUGCAUUGUGGAUUUUUUGCUCAGCGAUUCAAGAAGCUUUCAGAAUCCAUGAAAAGAUAUUCAUUUUUUUGUUUUUUUUAAGGGUAUUUUCCAACUGGUAUAAAUGGCUAACUAUAAGUCUUUCAGCUAGCUUAGUUAUAAAUAAGGAUCGUAUGCUUAUAAGUCUAGAUUCCCCCUCCCCUCCAUUACUUUCAGUUUACCUUCUUCUUCUUCUUUUUUUAAAAAGAUCAACUCAAGAGUGGACUCUUAAAAAAUAUUUAAAAUAUGCAUGGAUUCCAGGAAGUUUCUACCAAAACCCUGCACAAUGCAUCCUAGAAAACGCAUCCAACUAAUUUUCAGCAGAAACGUGCAAGUAUUUGCAAUCCUUUAGACUGACCAAGGUAUCUUCCCUUCCUUUAUGAAAGGUUUUGUAGUUCUGAUCUACAGAUCCACACACAGCACCUUAUAUAAAAAAAAAUAUGCCAGGUCUUUUUGGUUUUCGCUGUAUACACUCUUAAAAUUGCGGGGAGGGGAGACAACAUCUGCAGCGCUGCUAAGGUUUCUUAAAUGCAGAUGGUUUCCGUGUACUCCCCCCCCCCCUCCGGAACUGGAUGCAAACCUUUUUAGCUCCUUCGUUGCAAGAUAGCACAAUAGAAUUUACUAUAAGCAUGUUUGACUUUGAUACUAUCUAUUUUAUAACUGCAUGCCUGAAACAUUACCUCAGACAAUAGGAGAGAUAAGCUUUCGUUUGAACCAAUCUUCUUUAAAAUAGACCCCCCCCUUUAUUUUGGUUUCGAUUUGCAUUCACCAAAAGUGCACACUCCUUUUUUAUUUAUUAAGUAUCUGAUUAUUAACUAAAAGAACUGUAUUUAAGUGCAUAUGUUAGUCAAAUGGGAACAAUAACUUUUGGAGAUCAAAGCAUGUUCAAAUAUUCAGCAUUAUGGCCUAUUUGACUAAGGUGUAACUCAAAAUUAAUUAAUGCAUGAUUUCAGUAGUAAAUACAAAAAAAAAUUGCUUGUUGGGAGUGAGGGCCAGGGAGAGCUCACCCAGAGAGACUUUUUGUCCCCUGCAUUGGUCAGGGAAAUGUAUUGGCUACUGGCCAGACCUUGUUGAAAAGUAACAUAUCCCAUCCCUUAAAGGGAAAGCUAUAUGGAAAAUUAAGAAGCCCAGUUUAUAUAUAGCAAUGCCUAAAUAAUCUGUAUCUCUUAGAGCAGAAAAAAAGGUGCAGAAGCAUGCCUUUUGGUGCAUUCUUAGAAUGUAAAAUGAAACUUAAUCUAUUAUAUGCAUCCAAAUUGCAACCCAGUUCCUUUCACAGUCAUUGUUUGAACCAUAGAGACAUUUUGUACUCCCCUAGGACUUGUCAGAGAGACUCCAAUUGAUUUUAGAUCGUUGCUUAGUGCCUUUAUCCUUACAGCCACUGAACUGCUGAAAGUGCCUCUAAGAGCUGAUUCUGAGUUGCAGGGAAGAGACAGGGCAAGAUCAUGAGUGCGCUGGGCCAGGUACAUGCACAUCGGAGAGAGCGAGGGAAGGAAGUGUUGUGUGAGAGGGAGAGGGCACAGAUCACCAGAGCGUAAGCAAACCUCAUCCCCCCCCCCCCAAACACACUGCUGUCCUCUUCCCUCACAAUGUGACUUCUGCAACCUGGUGGCGUUUGCCUUGCCCAAAUAAGCUGCAAUCCUAUUCAUGGAAGAUUCAAAGUUUUCCCUUGUUUGUUGAAAAGAACUUGACUGCCCUCCAUAUUUGGAGGGAUGGUAGGUUUGGCCCGUGCUUCCCCAGGAAGAUCCUUGAGCCCACCCCUCAAAACAGACCAAGGGAACUGCCAUCAGUUGCCUCAGAUGGCUGGGAAGUCAGUCAGGUUGGAUGACCGCCUUCUGAUUCCCUCGGUCUCUUCUUCACCUCUUCUGCUUUCCCAGGGAAGUGCCUGCCCUGUUCCAACCCUUCCAGAGUCCUUCAGUUUCUGGUAUCUGAUCUCUUUGAAAACUCUCCCUCUCACCAAGUAGCUUCCCUACUGUUAUGUAGGGUUGCAGGUCACAGCACCGUGAGAAGGCGUUUUCUCCAAAUAUGCAAGUUUUAUGCUAUAGGCCCUGGAAAUCGAUUAACUGUGGACGUUAACCAAUAUAAGGCACCAAUCUUUUUAUGGUUUUUAAAGGUCAGGGUUGAGGAUCCUUCUUUUGCAUGCAUGACGCCGCCAUUUGUUCUCCAGUUUCCUUUUUUUUUCUCAAGGCCCACAUUCCAUCUUCAAUGGCUGAAUCUCAAUCAUGACAGUUCUAAAAGGCACUGAAACCUGAACAAAAAAAUUAACUAUGCAGUUAUGUAGAAUCCUGAUAUUCCAGGUAUUUUGAAAGAAGUCAUUUUUGAGGCUUCUGUGACACACAAUGGUAGGAAAUAGUCAACCUCUUAAAGAACUGAUAGCAAAAAAAUAUAUAUGAGGGCAAAGCCAUUUUGCAUUUCUGAUAGGAAGCUCCACGCUGUCAUUACUCUUCCAUGUUCGAAGCCUAAAGAUAACCUUCCCCACAGUAAAGUACCAGAUGUGAUCUGAUCUAGACUUGCCAAAGCUCCAAAGUUUUGGAAAGGAUGUCUCUGUGACUUGAAAGUUGUGCUGUUGCCCCAUCCGUAAAUCAGCUCACUGCUAUGUAGGGUCACUAAUCAGGAGAUAUCGCCCCCCCCCCCCCUGAGAUUUUGAGGCCUCAGAUGGGCAGCUUGGUGAGAUGAUUCCGUUAUCUAUGCUGCUAGACUGACCCCUAUUCUGCAUGUUUAAGAGAAAUUACUGCAUGCAGUGGUUUGAUUCAUGGCUUAUUUUGCUUUUACUUUUAGCAAGGAUGGGUGAAUCUUUAGGGCUUGGGGGUGUGGCUGGAGGCAUUAUGAUUGUUGCUUACAGAUUUAUAGCUCACGACAAAGAAACUUGAUAAGUAUGGAGUACAGGGAAUAAAUUCAUGUAGCAUAGGCAUGCAUUUCUUCUGGCAAGGUCCCCUUGAAACCAAGCAAAUUGCUUUGCACUGUAUGGUGCGGAAAUGACUUUGUAGGCCUGAAGGUGCACUAGACUACUGCCUGAUUCUUACCAAUAAACUUUGGAUUUUUUUAAAAAAAUAGUUUUUACCACAUUUCUUUUUGAGGAUUGAUUGGAUUUAAAAUGUAGACGUGGAAAUUUGUCCCUGUGGGAGUGGCCUGAAAAUGGGUGCCAAAGCGGGACAGAGAUAUUUCAUUCAUCUGCUAGCAUAUCAGGAGCAACAGUGUCAGUAUCAUCUCAUGGUUUGCGACACCCUGCUGAUGUGGCAAUUGGUUCUCCCCACAUUAAGCAUUUAUUUACCGAUUCAUUAAGUGUGAGGAUUGGGCCAUAGCUUAACCAGAUUGUUUCUGAAAUAAGAAUAAUGAUUUCCAAGGCCCAGAACUGGUUGGCAUGUCUUUAAUUUCGCAAGGGAGGCAUUUCAUAUGGUGAGAAAACAUUGGUACCCCUUCAGACUGUAGACUUGGUACACUUUAGGGCAGGAGGUUCAGGGACCAGACCAGUGGUGGGAUUCAAAUAAUUUAACAACCGGUUCUGGUGGUGGGAUUCAAAUCAUUUAACAACUGGUUGUUUACAAGCACCAUUUUAACAACAGGUUCUGCCGAAGUGAUGCAAACCGGCUAAAUCCCACCACUGGACCAGACCCUUGAGUUACUGGGAAGCUGACUUGCACAUGUCACAUAGAAGUAAGCAAGAGGUACCCAAGAAUAUGGUAUUUCUUUUGGAGACUCCCAUUCAUCUCAGUGAGGCCUACACAAGAUAACUGCCUGGAUGUAUUCGUUAGUGGAAGGAAGGCAGCCAUUUUGAUUUUCCACCUGAGGUGUUGAACUGCCUGCGUUUUGUUCUUUUUGGCAUUACAGAUAUCCACCUCAUGUGGUCAGUGGAAGAGAUUUUGCACACCUUUUCCCUUUCUAGGAAUACAUUCUGGUAUAUUAAAAAAGAACAUUUGAGAAUACAGUAGUCUUCUCUGCUUCUGUGUCCCCUAGAAGGAUGAGUAGUGGAGUUUCUGGAAAACACUAUGACAAAAGAUUUAUAUGAAUUGGGGGGAGGGGAAUACUCUGUCUUUCAGACAGAGGGAUAAGAGAGAAAGAUAAAUAAGAUUACUUCCCUAGAGUUUAAAAAACUCCCCAAAACUAGCUUUAACUGAAAUGGAACUCUGCUGUUGAACUGAUGUGUUUCACUACCACGUGAACUAUAUAUAUUGACGAUGAGUUACUUCUCAUUACUUUCCUGUCUAUUUCCAAAGAUGAGUUAGGUCACAGUGAAGUGGAGGAAGUUGAUUUUUGGAUCCAGUGUUCCUGUCAAAUAUGAAGUAAAUUAUGUCCACUAAAUUAUGUCCCCUAAUUCUGAUUGGCUUGGCCAGGUCUUCACAAACCAUAAAAUGAAGUAACAAGAUUGUUUCUAAAUCAUACAAUUUCAGAAUGCAGAGAGCUGUGUUGGGGGGCAUCAUGACCAAUGCCAACCCUUUCACUCACAAAAUGAAUGCAUCAGGGAAAUUCCAGAUAAUCUUAUCCUUAUUUCAGGGGCGGAGGAAGGGGUCAUGAAAGAGCAUUUGGCUAUCACACGUUUAUUACCUUAUUGAAAACUAGGCUCUAGCUUUCCAGGAAUUUUGUUUUUUUGUAUGCAGAGGAGCACAUUCAGUCAUGAGAUUCUUCUUCAUCCAUUCUGAACUGGCACAGUCCUAGAACAAUUUUACCAUAUCAUCUGUUGUUUAUGUGGGCCAGGCAUCUGCUUUAAGGCUGGACAAAUCUCAGAUGUUGGGACCAGAAGAAUUUAAAUAUUUCUUUAGUUUGGUACAAGCUGAACAUCCUAGAAUUUAAUGCUGGCUUCUGAGAAUGUAAAAAUCUUUUAUUUAUAGGCCUUUCUUAUAUACUUAGCCAUUCGUAUGCAUAAAUCUCUUAGCACAUAUAUGAGUAAGUGCAAAUAAACCCUUAUAGCUGAGCCAUAUAGUCCUUAUUCAGGCAGCACAUGAAGAGAGACACACAAUGCUGUGUCAAUUUUUUUCUGUCCAGGUGUUAUCCGGAGACAAUAGUUGACAUUAAAAAGGUUAGUUUGGUUCUAUCCCUCCUUUGGGGAUGGAAAAGAGGCUCCUGACGGUCGGGAGCUCUUGGAUUUCUGUGGGUUAUGUUCCCCUUUGUUCUUAGGGACCUGCGGACGCAGCCAUGACCAAACCGGAAGUUUGGGAAUUUUCCCCUUAUGAUACAACUAUAGCACAAAUGAAAUGUAAGGCAUUACAUGCAAUUUAGAAAUAAAUUAAGAAGGAGCCUAGAAUACAUCUUGCCAAACACAAUUCAGAUGUUAAUCCUGGAAUAUCUGACCAAAUACAAUUUUUAUUUUGCACUGUUUGAAUUAUUAUUGAUUGACAAAUGUUGACCUCAGAGCUGAAAAAGGGAAGUCUUUAUGAUUUUGAGGUGCUUUUUUAAACUUAAAAAAAAUGGCAUAUGCUCCCUUUUGGAAAACUCAACCCUUUCUGUUAAUUCCUGUGCUAUGACAGGAAAAUCUUUUUGUUCAAAGUAUUUUCAGAGUAUUUUUGGUUCUUCUUCCUCUUUUUCUGAGCCAUUUAGUCCCCGAGCCAGUUAGAAUGGACAGCUCUAUUGUAUGUAAAUAGCAUUGUGGGCUUUUAAAUUAAUAUUUUACUUCAAAACAGGUUGUUUCAAAGAGACGGGUAUGCAUGGCCUUUUCCCCCCUUACAUCCCGAAACAGUGAGGUGUUAAAUCAGAAUUAAUCAGUUCCUUGAUUUUCAUCAAGAAAUUCAGACGUUAUUAAUGGCAGCAGGUAUACAAUAGUAAGGUCAGAAACUUGUAUGAUCUAAAAUAGCAUGCCUUGACCUUCUGAAAGAAAUGUCAUGAAUUUACAGUUUGUAUCCCAGUUUGUUUGAGACAACCCUGGUUGAUAACUUGUUCUUUUGGUUCACCUCUUCUGUUUAUAAUAUAUAUGAUUUGGUCUUCCUGUCCAGCUAUUACCAUCAUUUGAACACAUCUGAGUUCUUUGGGGGCAUAUUUGUCUUUUAUUCAAUUGUUGUUUCAAUGGCAUUUCUAUAAUGUGAUUGGAAUCAAAUGUAUAUUUUACUUUUGUACAAAAGUAAAAAAAAAGGAUAUUUUUAUGACUAAAUUUAUCAAAGAAGAAAACAUUAGAAUUUUCUGUUUCUUUCCAGGUCAUCUAACCAUAUUUUUUUCCCAGCGCAUUGGUUUGAAACUAUGUAAAUAACAGCAGUCGGUAGGAACGUAAAUGGAUUCUUUGACAUACCUCUCAUUUUAAAGAUCCAGUAUUAUUGUUGAACGAGGUCAUGGAAUGGGAUAUUCACAGAAAUGUGCACCAUCAGGGCAACAAACCAUUGAAGCUGAGUUGGGUCUUUUCAGUUCCAUAAUUUGCAAAUUGCUUAUACUUUUUGAGUCAAGUAUGUACCUCAUUGUCAUAUUACUGAUCAUCUGACUUAACCAUAGCUCAAAUAGUUUUGAAAUAGUUUGGUUUGUCAAUUUUUAGGACAGCGAAUGUUACCAUUUUAUAUAUAAAACAUACAAAAGUGCAUAGUUUUCAUCUAUGCAAUUUUACUUGCUUCUGUCACUUUUAACAUCUGUUCAUACUUGGCAUCGAUUAAAGAUAAUUUUUAAGGAUCUUA